CAUUGCUGCUCAUUAACAAGGAAGAGGCAUAUACGGAAAUUCAACAGUAUUUGAAGAUCUAGAUUGUUGUGUACGUAACUUCAGCAUAACCCCACUUAAGUUUGAUUGUUAUUGAAGCUGAUUUUUUUUUCAAUUUGUGGCGUAAAACUUUACGUUUAAAAAAUACCAAACUAUUUCACGUUUAUAUGAAAGUUGGAGACUUCAGAUGGGACCAGAUUUAAAAGCUGUUAAAUCUGAUAGAUGUACUGGUGUGGAUAUAAUUAUUGAGGACUUAAAAUCGCAUCCAUGUUGCCCUCAUGGCCCCACAUUGAUGUUUUCUAAGGAUGUGGGACAAGUUAAGAAGUACUUCUAUAGCUGUUCCGCAUGUAGAGAUAGAAAAUUAUGUAAUUUCUUCCUCUGGGCAGAUGAGAAGGAUAAAGUUUCCAAACAUAAACUAGAUGCUUGGGAGUGUGAGAGGAUAACAUUUUUAAAAGGAAUCAAUCAUCGCAGGCAGUUUUUAGCAUUUAAUAAGGUUUCAGCACUACCUGCCCCCAAAAGAUCGUUUUGCAAUACCUGUUCAAAAUUUAUAAUAGAAGACGAAUGCAAGCAUGCUGAACAUUCGAUAAUAUCGGAUAUAACAGAUAAUCAGUUGUCCCACCCUUCAGAAUUGCUUCCGCCGCUAGUGAAUGCCAAGAAAGAAGCCCAGUAUUUAUUCUCAAAAGAAUCUGUUAAGUUUCUUGUUGAUACCUUUUUAUCUUUAAACUACAAGUACGUUAUUUGCAUAGGAACACCAAGAAUACAUGAAUAUAUCCAAUCCUCUGUGAAAGGUUUAUCAAGCAUAUUACUAGACAUAGAUCGUAGAUAUCAUAAUUUCUUUGGACCUCUGGAGUUCUGCUGGUAUAAUUCCUUUAACAACCAUUUCUUUUUUAAAGAAGCUCAAUUGGGUUUUGAAGACUUUUUAAAAAGCAGCAGAGGAGAAAAUACGGUACUCGUAACAGACCCUCCUUUCGGGGGAAGGACAGAACCACUGGCACAAACGUUCUCUACUAUAAACAACAAAUACAAAUCACUAACGAAAGGAAAUGGAGAGUUACCAAUGUUUUGGAUUUUUCCAUACUUUAUGGAACCUCAGAUACAGAACUCCUUACCAGAGUUUCAAAUGGUUGAUUAUAAGGUAGAAUAUGAUAAUCAUCCACUGUUUCAUAAUGGAUCUAAAGGAAGAAAACAAGGGUCACCAGUUAGAAUUUUUACCAAUAUCAGUUGCAGUCAAAUUAAAUUGCCCCCUGACAACUACAGAUUUUGUCAUAAGUGCAAUAAAUGGGUAGCCAAGGAAAAUAAGCAUUGCAUGAUUUGUGCAAUAUGCCCAUCUAAAAAUGGACAAACCUACACUCAUUGUAAACUAUGCAAAAGGUGUGUGAAACCUAAUUGGAGACAUUGCAGUAAUUGCCAAAGAUGUGCUCAACUGAAUCACUUAUGUAAAGAAAUACAGUUUAAUGGAGUGUGCUUAACUUGUAAAAAGUUGGGUCAUAAGAAGGCAGACUGUCCAGAAGUAUACACAUUAAAUUCGUCCCACUCAAAGAGAAGGAAACAAUUUCAACAAUCCAAGUCCAAAAAACGAAAGCAUUAAACUUUAUUAACUUGGCUGGUUUAAUUUAAUAUAAAUAUGUAAGAAGGCUAUUUCGACAUUUUAUUUCCAACUGUUUAUUUACUAGCAUAUGUUAGAAAAUAACAAUAAAUUCAAAUUACUACCAUUUA